ACCAUCCUUUUAAAUGAUUGCAGAGGAAAAUAACCUUUUUCUUUUUGUUUUUUGUUCUUUACAAAAAUUGGGACAUCUUUGGAAAUCUCUACCACUGAUUAACUGACAGAGUUACUUUCAGUCAGGGAACAAUGAGAGGUAACCGAUCUCUGCUCUGUUGGGGAUUUCCUGAGAUAAAUCUGGUGCUAAAGCAAACAAAAAAGUCAGUUGCUCUUGUUUCUGUGUGAGAGUAAUAAUGUGCAUCAAGCAGUCAAAGGUCAUGUUGCACAACUCAAAUAAAAUGAAAGUGGGUAGAACUUGUAUUUCACAACCUUGUGUUUUUGUCAUAUUAAGAUGUAGUCAGUUCUAACAAGACCUGAGGUUUGAUUUUUUUUACUCUUGGCAGCUUUUAUAAUUGUGCACUUUCAACAUGAAUGUGUUCAAAGUCUUGGUAGCAGCAGCAGCUCUUCUUGCAUCUGAUGGGUUUUUGGUUCGAGGACCUGCUCAGCCUCUGGUCGCACAGCUUGGAAACUCAAUGAUUUUGCCUUGUUUUGUUGAAACACCUUUACCUUUGGAUGAGCUGGAGGUUGAAUGGAAAAGGACGGAUAAAGAACUAGUGCACUUGUUUCAGAAUGGAGCGGACAAACCUGAAGCUCAGUAUCAGUCUUACAGAGGCAGAGCACGUUUUUUUCCUGAGCAGGUCCUUAAAGGAAACUUUUCACUCCUUUUGGAAAAUAUAACAGUUGCAGAUGCUGGUAUCUACAAAUGUGUAGUUUACUCUUACCUGGACGUUGGAGAAACGAAUGUUACAAUUCAGUAUGUGGAGCGUGUAGUUGUGACAGGAGAAGAUCAGAUUAUGUUUGCUCGUGUUGGUGAGGAUGUUGUUUUGAAUUGCAUGGUCAACUCGCACAUUCCUCCUGAACACUUUGAUGAAGUCUCAUGGAAGAAGAUGGACAAGCGGUCAGACAUCAUUCCUGUCUUGCUUUUCCAAAACGGCACAAUAUUCACAGGAUCAUCUGAUAGGUUUUACAGGGACAGAGUCGAGUUUUUCAGAGAACAGUUUCCCAAAGGCAACUUCUCAAUGAGACUAAAAAAUGUCCAGACUGCAGACAAGGGCAAAUACAUUUGUGAAGUCCAUACCGAAUAUUCUGUGAGAUCUGCAACUGUCGAAAUAGGGCAGUUAGCACUGUCGGCUCUACACAUUAUUACACUGAUGCUUUGUUGUAUUUCCGUCUUGAUGACUUCUGUCUUAAGUAUUCCAAUAACUAUCUAUAUAACCAAAAAAGAUACUGGGACAAAACCCAUGUACAUGAAUUAUUUGCAAGUGGUUUGUCCCAACGUCUGUUUAUGCGUUGCAUUUAUUCUGUGGGGAGUAAUUGAAGGGUCUGUCGUUGAGGUAACAAUGUGUGCAACAGUUAAUCUGAUGAGGAUCGUUUUAUUAUUUCUUAUGGCUCCAUAUUUUAAUUGGAACGCAAACGUUUCUGUUGACUUUCCUGCUGUCGUCCAAAGAGUUAUUGAAUAUACAGGGAUCCCUGUUGCUUAUCUUAUGAUUUCUGCUGCAUUUUGCUCAGCUGUCCUUCAUGAUCUGUGGAAUUCCUCUGAGUGGACUGAAGUGCUGCUUCUCAGUGUUGUAAUUAUCGCGCUGUCAUCCCUGCCAGUUUUUCUUCAAGCUUUAAGCCACGUUUUCUUCACACUUUAUUUAAUCAAGUCAACUUUUCUUUUCGAUUUAUAACAGAUUCAUUAGGACAUGUUUUCAUGCAGUUGAGCAACCUUCUUCAAAUGCGUCUCCUCUUCUUUAGACCCUCAUCAAGGGUUAAAGAAUCCAUGAUCACAACAACAUAUGCCUUUGGGGUCAUUUCUGCGGCUAUAUCAAUCAUAGUUCUUCCAAUUCCAGCAAUUCAGGAGCGCUGUUUAAAACUUGACAGAAAACAGCUUUUUGACCUCAAAUGGAGAUGUUAUUUAGUUUGGGUCACCGUCAUGGUUGUUACGCUCGUCGGGCACAGUGGACUUAUUUUAUACUUUCUCAGCAUUAUUCUGGAGUAUAGUAAUGAGCGUUUUGGAUGGAUCUUUGUCACAGUUCUGCUCCAUAUCUUCACUGCUAUUGCACCUCAACGACUCUCCAGAACAGUUCCUGAUGCAAUUUACACUGCUUUGUUCAUGUAUGGGGCAGCGGGCCUACCAGUGGUCAACUCAGUUUCUCUUGCAACAGAACUAAUACUACAGACGUACAAGGGGGAGAGAACGGUGGAUGAUCUGCGUGUAAUAGUGCUGCCGUUUGAAAGCAUUUUGUCUGACUUGUGGCUGAUUUUACAGAUUUCUGCUUAUUGGACAGUUCAAGGGAAAGAUGUCCUGAGGGAGCUGUGUGAGCUGAGAGAUUUCGUGGCACCGUGCACACCACAGCAAGGAGAUGUUGGUGAAUCAGAGAAUCAGCUUUCGGAGGCCCAAAGGUGUCAGCCAGAGGAGGAGCCAUUCCUGGAGGAGCAAGAACAAGAGGUUUAAAAUAGUUUUAAAAGAUUUUAAAAAGUAACGUAAAGGAAUCAUUCACCCAAAAACGAAAAUUUACUCACUAUUCACUCAUCCUCAAGUGGAUACAAACCUUUAUGAGUUUCUUCUUUCUAUUGAACACAAACAUAUUCAGAAGUAAGCUAAAGACCUGUAUCAAUUGACUUCCAUAGUAGGAAAAUCAAAUACUAUGGAAGUCAAUGCUUACAACUUUCCAGUUUUUUAAAAAAUAUCUUCUUUUGUGUUUAAUUAAAGAAAGAAACAAAUGAAGGCUUGUUGGCUUCAAACAAAUGAAGGGUGAGAACAUGACAGAAUUUUCAUUAUUGUGUGAACCAUUCCUUUAAUGCCAUGUAUGAUAAGCUAACAUUACUCAUUCUUUGUUUACCUUAUCUAACUGAAAAAUCAAACAUUAUUGUAUUAUUAAAUUAUAUUAGAAUGACUUUCAUGCUUUGGUGGAGAUUUUAUUUAUUUUUGCUUUUCACAGCAUUAACUAUUACUGUUUAUUCCCAUAUUCCUAAUCUAAUUGCAUCUUUAAAAAAGGGGUUUUCACAUACAGUUGAAGUCAGAAUUAUUAGCCCCGUUUUUUCCCCCCAAUUUCAGUUUAACUGAGAGAAGAUUUCUAAACAUAAUAGUUUUAAUAACUCAUUUCUAAUAACUGAUUUAUUUUAUCUUUGCCAUGAUGACAGUAAAUAAUAUUUGACCAAAUAUUUUUCAAGUCACUUCUAUACAGCUUAAAGUGACAUUUAAAGGCUUAACCAGGUUAAUUAGGUUAACUAGGCAAUUUAUAGUAAUUAUGAAAUCAUUGUAUAAUGAUGGUUUGUUCUGUAGGCUAUCAAAAACAAAUAUAGCUUAAAGGGGCUAAUAAUUUUGAUCUAAAAAUGUUUUUUUUUUAAAUUAAAUCUGAUUUAUUGUAGCUGAAAUAAAGCAAAUAAGACUUUGUCCAGAAGAAAAAAAUAUUAUCAGACAUACUGUGAAAAUUUCCUUGCUCUUUUAAACAACAUUUGAGAAAUAUUUUUAAAAAGAAAAACUAAUUCAAAGGGGGACUAAUAAUUCUGACUUCAACUGUACAUGCAAAUAGUGUUUGAAUAACAAUUCACAGAUGUCAUUUCAUCAAACAUGAAGAAAUCUGCCCUACCUCCUGGUAUACUGCUUU